GCGGCCUCAUUGGUUUUACUACUGUACUUUCUUCCUCACAUUAAUGGCUAUUUUUGUCGGCAUCUUCCUCAUCCUCCCUGGUCUCACAGGUAUUCACAGUAUAAGUACAGUCAGUAAGGUAACGGUGGAAAAAGGAGGUUCCAUCUCUAUCCCAUGUUUCUACGAGUCAAAGUACACAGACAAUGAGAAAUAUCUGUGUAAAGGAUGUAAGUGGAAAAUCUGCUCAUAUGAAGUUAAAACAAAUCAGUACAAUUCAACAAAGUAUCUGAUCUCUGACGACCAAACCAAGGAGUUGUUACCUGGACUAUUAAUGACCUGACAGAGGAGGACACAGACUGUUACUGGUGUGUCAUGGAGAUAAACCAUCGACCUGAUAAUGGAAAAUGUUUUAAUGUUCGUGUCACUGGAAAAGGCGAUGCCACUCUCUAUGUGGAUUCUCAAGAGGUGACAGGGUUUAUUGGAGACCAAAUAACCAUCGACUGUCACUAUAGAGGAUCUAAACAAAUAAAGUGGUGCAGGACUGGUGGUGAAGGACACACAUCCUGUAUCGAAGACUCUGGGAAAAUAGAUGAGACAAAGGUGACUAUUAAUAGAAAUACCCCUGGUGUUAUUACUGUGACUAUGAGUGAACUGAGGGAGAGGAGCAGUGGUUGGUAUUGGUGCACUGAUGAAGACCUGCAGAUGCCGGUGCAUGUAACCAUUAAAGAGAGACCUACCACCACAACAAUUGCAACAACAACCAGACAGUCAAUGACUAUAUCAUCCUCUACCAAACCUGUCAAUCACACAUGUGUGAGUCAAGAACCGACCACAGAACAAACUGGAACACACAGCAGCUCAUCCAGUCAUCUGCUGAGUUUCAUCAUUCCUUUGUGUUUGCUGCUGCUGAUUGUAACGGUGGCCGUACUCACCUGGUUCAUGUUGAAAAGACGCAAGUCACCAGCCACAGCUGAGGAUGAACAGACAGUAACGUACAGUACUGUGACGCAUGUGAGAAAAACCACAGCCCAGAUAAAUACUGAAGAUGAAGCAGACGUCAUGUACAGCACUGUGUUUUACAUUGCACAACAAAAUACACACCAGGUUGAAGAUGAGAAUGUGACCUGCAGCACAGUGGUUCAUCGCUAGUGAAAUUAUGAAAUAACUUUCUGACUUCCUGUCUACUUGUUAAUACCUUUAUCAGUCAUUUGCUGUUGUCCAUCAAACCGUAGCCUACUGCUCUCCAUAUGUACCUAUGAGGAUAUUUCAGUAUGUGUUUUCACAAUCUAUGAUCUGUAUUUGUUAAUAAACAUGAAUAAAGUAUUCUGU